AUGGCCAGUGUGGAUUCAGUCAAGAAUAAGUAUCAGACUGCAACAGAACUUUUGGCUGGAAGCAUUGGUGGUGUUGUACAAGUUUUAGUUGGUCAGGCAAUCAAAGUCCGUCUGCAAACUCAACCCCGGGAAGCACCACUAUAUACUGGCGUCAUCGACUGUGGAUCAAAAACGCUCAAAAAUGAAGGAUUUCUUGGGUUUUACAAGGAUCGUGAUACCGAUAUAUCAUCUCCACUCAACCCUGGGGUAGAUCUAGCGUUUGACCGACUACUCUAUUCAAUUGCCUCAAUUGCAAAAUGUUGCCCAAAGCUUAUUAUUGAUAGUAUCAUGGUGUGGAGAAAAUCAAAAGGAGAUCAAUCCAUGACAACUGUUCCUGAUCAUAUUCGAAUGAUGUACCCACAACUAAAGUCCAAGGAUUUGCUAACCAUAUUAAAGGAACGAAAGUCACUUUUGGCAAACUUUGUUUUAUGUCGAGUUUUAACGACAAUUAUAUCACAACUUGGAAAAAACACAUUGCCAAACGACCUUGGUGAAAAGCUUGAAGAUAUGGUAUUUGGACAGCUCAAAAAUUCAGAUCCAGAUCUUGUUGUAAAAUCUGUAAAUCGACAGGCCAACGUAGACAUGUUUGCAGAGCUUAUCGGUGCACUAUCCAAUAUUAGAUUUGCUACAGUUAGUGAUCGUUUUAUCAGCGAAAUUGGUCGUGGUGCAGCACCCACCAAGGAAACCAAACUGGAGCUAAUCAUUCGGUCGAUGCGAUUUUUGAAACUCAAGAUUUACCCAAUGGACUGUCUUGAGGAAACGGCCGAGUUUUUGCAAACUAGCGCUGAUCUAUUUCAGGAUACACACAAUAUUCAUGUGAAGCACGCCUAUGCCAAUCUGUUUGUUGAGCUUUUAGAUCCUAUUGCUAGCAUUGCUUCAGCUGAAGUCAAUCUUCCAGCAUGGCAAAAAACCGUUGACACUAUCUACCCAAAGGCAGCUCGUAUGGUGCACAAAUCAAGACAUUUACCAGUGAGGUCUAUUGAUUUAGCAGCACUUCCACUUAUUUCUACAUUAUUAUGUGUAUCUAAACGGGAAUUUUUUCUCAAAAACUGGUUCGACUUUGUACAAUUGCUUAUUAAGCGUUUCAAGGAAAAGGGUGAUACAGAAAGAGAACUAAAGCAGAUUGCAUUUGUGUCCUUGACUCGACUUAUAUGGGUAUAUCUAUUCCGUUGUUUCGAGUCUCCUGCUUUGACAGUACAACGCCGAGUAGAUGAGAUUCUUCGCGUUUUGUUUCCAGCUAAUAAGCGCGGAGUUGUCCCAACAGAUUGCGACACAACUAGUUUUGUGCGCAUUGUUUACUUUGUGCUUGUUAAAUAUUCCGAGUAUGGGAAUGAGAUUAUCAACAUGCUACUGGGGCCGUCUUCGCUUAAUAAUUUACCCAGCAUCUCACUGCUAUUAACAUCUUCAGCGACAUCACAGAUUUCCUAUGGCUCUAGCGAGGCAGACUUGAGCUAUGGAAUAUUUCGUAACACAGAGGUACUUCCAAAUCCAGAGCGGCUAUUAAUUGCUUUUCGAUCAUUUAUUUUGUUUCUCUCCGAUGUGGAAGUCAGUUUGGGAGAUCCACAAGGAUCAUCACUUAUUACUGCUGGAACAGUGUCUGCCGUACAGUCUGGAUCUGGGAUGGUGGUGGUUGAAGGAAAGAUCAAUUUACCAUCGCCGCGAUUCCCAGAUCAUCAUUCGAAUAAAAACGGUACGUCGAGCUCAUUACAAAACCUGGCUCACCAUGCCCAGCACAAUAUUGUUUUUGGAUCUGAAGAUGAUGCUGUGCCGAUAAGUAAAACCACCACGAAUUGUCCUACUAUCAAUGGGUAUCUUUCUGAAGAGAUUUUGGUUCGUAUGGGCAGUAGUAUUCGAGAAACGCUCGAGACGAUCAAUUCAGUGGUUGGUCGCGCCUUGCUUUUUUUGGAUCAGACCCUUGGCAACGUAUAUGUCAUGGACCGACCUUCAAUGGGUUUUGAGUUUCCCGAGUGCUCAUCAGGUGGUACAAUCGGCUCAUCAAAUUCAUUUCAUCGACGUCCUAGUGUGAAUGUUAGUGAUGUACUUCAAGUUUCGUUGUAUGCUCCAAUGGCAAGUGUAUCUGUUUUGGCAGGGCUGGAAAAAGAUAAGCCAACGAUCACGGAGUUGUUUGUAAAAAUUCGACCACACCUGGAUUUGCUGUGCUCGGUACUGGAAUGCCUUCCAAGAUAUACCCCAUUAGGGAUCACACCAUUGAAAGUGAUAGAAGUCAUUUCACGACUACUAGUUCACUUGGAUGAUAAUGUCCGCCGUGAAGCUUUUGCAGCACUUUGCCGUAUUGCCCGUAUUAAGACUUCGUCUACUCAACACACAUUUUGGUUCACAUCCAGCUCGCUUGAAAGCAUUUCUGCUUCAGUUUUGAGAAUUUCAACUAGUGUAUGCAUGUCUAUUAUUGGACACCGUUUUGCCGAUCUAUGCGUCAGCGAAUAUGCAUAUAAAUGUGUAAUGCAUUGUGUUUCCAGCAAUUUUGUUGGUCUUGCCGAAAUUUGGUUUGAAAACUUUAUUGAACAGGCCGAUGGGCCGCUGCAAAGCUUUGACAGGUAUGAAUGUUCAUGGGUAAUUGACGAAAUUGAAAGUCGUGGCUUGGUUUUUCUGACAAUGGGUCGGCCGGCAUGCCGUGAGAUGGCCAUCAAGGCCUUUCGUCUGGCAAACACAAUUGAUACUAAGCUUGAGGAGCUGAAAGCAAAACGCUCUGCUGAUCCAAAUGAACAAAAGAAUUUCGAGUAUUCGUCUACACUCAACCGCAAUCGCCCAUUGCUUGCAGAAGACAGCAGCACUCUUUUACGUCUUACGACUCUUCAUGGAAAUACGCGCAAUACUCUACAAAGGAAAAAGGCAGUGCAGCAAACUGAGCCUAUCCAAGAAGAAUCUGAAAGUGAUUUUGUGUAUCCUGCCUUUCCUGAUUCAGAGUCUUUUCAUCAUAAACGAAAUUUGUCUGUUUCUAAUGCUCCGGAUGAAGCACAAAAACAUCAAACUGUGCGUAUCAUUACUAUUAUGGAAAAUUGCGGUCAAGAGCUGUUGAAGAAACAUUUUUUCGACAGUCUCGUCGGAAGCUCAGCACGUCCUGAUCCACCCAAAAUACAACAGCAAAACAGACGUUAUUUGCUGUCUCUUUUGGCCAAACCCGACUGUUUUGCCACUUUGGCCAUUUCUGAAAACUAUCGGGACAAGAUUCUUUGGAAUCAAUGUUUUCCAGAUUUUCUUAAAUGGGUCAUGGACUAUGCAAGUCCAAAAGCCGUCAAACGUAGUAUUAUUGACAUGUUUUUACGCAUUCGUGCCAUGCACAAUACUAUUUGUACUUUGGCUGAUCCACAGCAAACACCGACUUCAUCAAAAGGAAUGGCAGGAUCGGUAAACAAAUGGGCCAUGGAGCGUGUUUCUAUAGAAAAGCGUGCCGCCGCAUCAAAUACUAGUACAGCUAAUUUAUUGAAUACUGCCACCAACACAAAUAUGAACAAUAACAGUAAUUUCCAUUUUGGAGUAAACGGAUCCAGCACUCAUCCAAAUAACCACGGUCAGCCUGGUAACACCAAUGACUCGACCGGAUCUGGGAAUGACAGUAACUCUUGCCUGCGUGUUGAUUUUUUGAUUAAUCAAUGGAAGAGUUGUCUUGUUUUUGUUGCUACAUGUUACUCUCCUAUAAAAACCAGCACAGUACAGGGUCGACCUUCCACAUCCAGUUUAAAUCGAGCCAGUUUUCAUAGUAACAAAAGUGGUGUAUCAAGUAUGAAUAAUGGCUCUGGCCCCACAACUCUUCCUCAGCAUGGUUCGCGAACUUCAAUAUCCGGCGAACGGGAUGCUCAUACUCGUCAUCACAUAAAUAAUGCAACCGCUUUGUUUAAUAUUGAUGAGCUGAUUCAACUUGUUACGCCAUUGUUGUGGUGCGAAAACGUUUCUAUUCGCCAAAUUGCAUCACUUGCUCUUGGCUCAGUCCAUCCCAACUGCUUUGGCCGAUUAUUGGUUGCUAUUCAGCCAACAUUACAUACUGUGAUUGAAGAUAUGCGUAGCAGAUCAAUCAGCGGAAAGUUUGAACCAAUGAGUAAAGCAAAUUUCUCGCAACCCCAAGCACUUUUUCAGAUAAAACGACUUGAACGUGUUCGAAUGGAAGUCACACAUAUGCUAUCUCUUAUUGCCGAGUUUGUCGAGUAUGAUGUAUACCGUCUUGACCCAACUAUUAUGACUCCAAUACUUGACAUGAUUCGAUCUCUUAUACAGUUUUUGUCGGAUUCAGAGAUUCAGCUUGAAUGGGAUCAUCAAAUGCUUCGCUACUAUUUCUGUUGUUUUAUCAGCAAAUUCUACCAUUCAUUGGUGACGGCUGUUGGUUCAUCUCGACCGACUGCAUCAGGCACGGAAUCUAUUGAAACCUAUAUUCCAUUUGCUCUUAGGUUGGAAUUAGUUUUGCUAUUUGAGAGUUGGUGCGGGUUUGGCUUGAACAGCGACAUGACUCGUGAUCGUGAGGCUCGAAUGAUGAAAGUGGUUCUUGAACAAGUCAAAGAUAUUAGCCUUCGAGCAACAGUCACCUCUACUUUGGAAGAGCAGCGCAAAGCCCUUGAGGCUGCUUCAUUGAAAUCCAUUGCAAGUCUAUGUAACGGUCCUAUUUCCUCAAAAGAUAACGCCUACCUUCAACUUGAUCUUAGUAGACUUAUCAUAUGGAUCAAUGCUAUUCUGGGGUCACCACAUGUAGAGUAUCAUCCAAUUGCUCGAAAAACAAUUGAACACUUGUUGUCGAAUAAUAUUUCCAACGAGCGAUUGAUAGAAGAACUUUUGAAGCAAUGCUAUAAUCAUCAAAAGAAAUCCAAGACGGACUAUAUGGCUUAUUUUAUGGCUUUUGUGGAUUUGGUGUGUCGUCAAGGUCGCAAAGCAUCCAUCAGCGUGUCCAAAAUUUUAUGUCUUGCUCUGUAUAACAUUAGUAGUGAUAGUUCACAAAGACGAAAAGGUGCGGCGAGACUACUUUUGUCAGUCGAUCGGCACAUGUUUGGAUCAGGUGGAGAUGGAUCUGCUUUAGCGGCUGAUGUGCGGAAUAUGUUUGACCGUGGAUCACAGUCUAGCGAAAUGCUUAUUAGUAGAAUGGAUUCUUUUAAUAUGGACGACGAGCCUUUAGAGCUUGGUGGUGCACAUGAUGAAGAUAUAAUGGAUGGCUUAAUGAUUUCAGAAGAUGAUUUGUUACGAGAAGUUCAGGCAACGUAUGAGACUGCAGCGAUUACUAGUUCUUUGCCACUUGUGUUCAAAUACGCUCAGGGUAUGGUUUCAAAGCGACUUGCAAUUGAACGACCCGAGCUGACGUACGAAAUGUUUUCUGAGCUUAUACAUAGAAUUUACUUGCUUGCAGACAUAUCAUUAUAUCAACCGCGGAUUCGAGAUUUGCUGUUAACGCUUAGUCCCUGGCUACAAAACAUGGAUUUAGACGGUAGAUUUAACUACGAUGUUAAUAGUGACCAAGUUGGCUCUAGAGUGCCUGAAUCGGAGAAUCAAUUGCAUGCUCAAGCCAUCACUGCCAUGGUUCUUGGAAAUCUUUUUUAUUUGACGACCAAGUUUGGGGAUAUAUUUAUCACGGAUAUUGAAUUACUAUGGGUGCAUCUUGUUGAUUUAGAUGGCACAUCUCAUCAAAACCACCAAGCGUCUCGGCAGGCAUGGGAAGAAAAGAAUAUCGGUACUAUUGUAGACUAUUUGCUAUUAGUUGGUCUUGAGCGCCGCAAUCCACGAUUUGUGGCAAUUGCAAAAAAGAUUGCCGUGUGUAUCUGUCGUACACCUUCAUGUGGUACAUUUAUCGAAAUUAUCAUUUCAAAAAUCACGCCCAAGAAUAUGGUUACCAAUCCUGACAACAUAUCCGCUUUGCUUUCACAGCAAUGCCCAUAUCUUCAAGGCUAUUUUACAGCGAGUAUAAAUGAUGCAUUAAGCUCUAUGCCUGAACGACCACCCUUUUCACCUGGUCAGAUUGCAUUUACUUGUUUGGUCGAGGUUGCUAUCGAGGUUGGAAAUUUUGCCUUGCGACCUCAUUUGCCGCUUCUCCUUCAUGCCAUUUUUGUUCAACUCGAUCACUUUUUAUUUUUGAUUUGUGAGCAAGCACGGUCUCUCUUGGUGAAUAUCAUUCAGGCUAUGCUACCGAGAGAAACGCGGCGAGAAAGUAUUGAUGCUACUCUUACAGCACUGAAUCUUAAAGAAGGAAAGCGUUUAUGGACAUACGAGGAUGUUUCACCUUCCAAACCCACUAUUGACAGCGUUUACCAAUUAUCAGCACUUGUGUUGGAGGUUUUAGACUUAUUUCAUACCAUUCAUCCAACUUUACGGCAAACUUGGGGAGUUUUAGCUUUGUCUUGGGGCACUGAGUGUCCUGUUCGACAUAUUGCAUGCCGAUCGCUGCAAGUUUUUAGAGCACUGCGACCUGUCUUUACUCAAAAUAUGGUGGGCGACUUGUUGGCAAGACUUUCAGUUACAUUGGGGGAUUCUUCCGAGGAUGUACAAGGAUACACUCUUGAACUGAUCGAGACGUUGCAGUGGAUGGUAUCACACUUGUCGGAUGACAGGCUUGUUUAUUUUCCACAAUUUUUUUGGGCCAGUAUUGCUAUUAUUCAGUCUUCGCAUGAAUGCGAAUUUGAAAUGGGUGCACAUCUUCUUGAAAAUAUCAUUUCACGGUUGGAUCUAUCUGAUGCUCGUAUUUCUAGUUUGCUUCUUGCAAACCUUCCUACGCGAUGGAAAGGCGAAUUUUACGGCUUGCAGCCAUUGAUUCUACAAGGCAUGUGCUCCUCAAAAACAGAAAUGCUAUCAUUGAAUAUCAUUAAUAAGCUGAUGUUGCUACCGGCUUCGUUACUGAUUGAUGCCUCUCAAACGUCGCGUGUACUGUUUUCUGUUUUGGCCAAUUUGCCUCGUUUGUUGCAUGAAGGUAGCCAAGAUGCACUUUUUGCUGCUUCUGCUAAUGCAACGGGUGAAGAAGACGACCAUAUCAAACCAGUCAAUCAGCCACAAUCUAGCUCGAGUAGCAGCAUUGAUAGCACAUCCACACCAUCACAGCUGCCUAUAAAAGAGUCAUGUACAAUUGCCAGUUAUCUUGCACAUAUUUGCAAAAUCAACAAUCAUAUAGGUUUAUCCCGCGUGCACGAAAUGUAUAGCAAAAAAAGGUUUCGCAGUAUGGACGAGUUUAUGCGCCAACUUGCGUCUGUCAUCAGAGAGUCUUUUUUCCCUAAAUGGGAAACCAAGGUUUUGCAUUUUCUCAUGUCAUUGUUGAGAAAUACAAUGAUUGUGUAUCGGGAACAUGUGCUGGUUUGUUUGAGGGUGCUGUUUCCGGAUGGGCACACUGAAGGAGCAUUUCGACUUGGUGCAGAUAUGCUGCGCGGGCAUCAAAAAGUAUCGUCACAGUCUGGAAUUGAAAGUGGACAAGUAGGGUUUGAAGAAGAGUGGAUUCAACCACUGCUAGAUUUGUUAGACACAGAUUUAGCUUUAGUGGCCACAAAGGCGUUGGACAAGAUUCUUACUGGCCGUGUUUCAUUGAAUGAAACAAAUCUGUCUUUGGUGUUUGGAGGAAAAACAAUAUACAAGAUUGCCAAGGAUGCAGCAGCAAAUUCUCUGGCUUCAAAUAUAUCGUCAGCUAAUGGCCAAGGAAAAGGUGGCAGUUUUUCUGGAAAGGUAUCCUCAUAUUUUCAUGAAUGGCGGGUUAAAGAUCCAACCAAAUCUGCCAUGACUGCAAAGUACAAUAUGAGUGGUGUUGCAAUGACAUGUUCAGGUAGCUUUUCCGUUAUGUCGCAUGACUCGGCCGAUGUCACAUCUGAGCUACAUUCUCGAAUUCCAACAUACGAGUCCAGCGUAUCUUCACUUGCUGCAUUUAGUUGUGAUCCUGGACAGAGCAAUGAUGAUUUAACAAACACCAAGUCAUUAUCUUCACUUCAAAAUGCUACUUUAGAUCCAAUGGUGGAUCAGCUAGAUGAUACCGGAUUUUUAGCGCUGGUUGAUGACCUACAGCAUUUUUUUAAUAAUGUUUUACAAGUGGAUUUGGAACCUGCUGGGCAUUUAAAAAAAAUUCCAAUGGACAAAAACGUCAACGUGGAUACCACGAUGCGUUUAAAGGAUUUACCUAAACACGAGGAUGCUUUUCAACAAGACGAGUUUGUCGACUUUGAAUCAACACCUAGUCAGCGAAAUUUUGAUAGAUCGUCACUAUUGGCAAGCAUCAUUGCACCUUUAGAUAAAUUUGAUUUUAUGUAUGAACUUGGAUCGCCUGCAUCAUCAACUCAGCGUGAUGAUUCAACAACACCUACUUUACAAUUGAAUCUUGACAAGCCAGCUUUUAAAUCGCGUCAAUCCAACACCAUUACACCCGCCCAGCGUAUUCUGGCUCGACCUAAUUCAAAAGUGACUGUUUCAUUUUAUUUGGGUCCCAACUCUUACAAUUUGGUAGAUAAGCCAGAAUUUGAAUACUGGAUCAGAGUAGAUAUUAUGGCUUGCUUGCGACUUCCAGGCGUAGAGUAUGUUGAGCUGAUAAGAAUUGAAAAGAGUGGUUUUUCAAUAUCGAAUGAGCAAGCCUACAAUGCCAAGCAGUUUGAUGCGUCCACUUUAGCGGAUCAAGCUUUGUCUAGAGUUUUAAUUGUUGUAGCAAUUAUUGGACCACAGGAAAGGUCUGGAUUUGAAAGUGCUGCCUAUGCUGAAGAGCUGGCUGCCCUGCUAAGCCAGAAAUCGCCUGAUUUUAAUGAAGAGCAACAGACACUUUCAUCGGGAGUGGUAAUGCGUAAUGUAGAUAGGACAUGGCAACCAGAGCUAUCGAUUGAGUUUUCUGGACUAAGUGUACCGUAUAUACCUGAAGGAUUACGGCCUAUGGGUUUGCAUCAAUCGCACAUAUCACAACCUCAAAGCAUCACCCACAGUGGACAGCAUCGCGACCAGUUUACUCGACAUAACCCAUCAUCCUUUACUUCUAGUCAAGUGUAUCCAAACAUUCAAUCUAAUGAUGGUACCCGUGCACACACAAUUGUCGAUGCACUGGCUGUAUUCAGUGAUGCUUUUGAAUUUUCACGGCAGCUGCAGAUAGACUUUCUUGAUUUAGUUGGUAAUGCCAUAGAUACUGCUAAUUCAACCGUACCACUUGGAGAAACCCUGAAGCAUAUAUGUGAUAAAGUGCAAAGCGUAUUGAUUAAUGGGAAUGAGCACGCACCUAUAUGGGCUGGACCAGAUUCGGCACAAAUUUUUGAAUCUAUUGCUGAUAAACUCGAGUAUCAAGACAAGACAAAGCCUGGUUUUUUGAACAGAUUUAUGAAUACAAGACAAGAACGAAUGCAAGAACUGAAUAGUAUUGUUGCACAAUGCAUGUCUACGCGACAAGCGAUUGACGAUAUUUUAGCAGGACAAAGUGAUUCUAAUGGAAAUCUGACUGUACUGAUGGAACUACUUGGUAAUCAAAUCAUGAGUAUGUCAGGUGUAGUGGACAUGCAGCAACAACCACAACAACAAACCAUUCCUCAGUUGCAACAACUUCAACAGCAGCAACACACCUUAUUUCCUCGACAACAUGUACAGCAACCACAGCAGCAGUUCAAUGCAUCCAUCGACCCAAGUAUCCUGUCUUUGCCACAGUUUCAUAGCGAUAUCAAAGAAGAAUCUUUUCUAGACAAUUCCAAUUGUUUCACUCUACAUAAUGACUUUGACAUGUCUGGUAUGGGAACACCAGGAUUUCAAACACAGCCAAAUGGAUUCUAUUCCAUGUCCAUGCCUAUGCAUCCAUCAAGUUAUAGUGGGGUUGAUGCAAAUAAUUUUCUCGGCAGCCAUCCAAGUUCGUUUGGUUCGUUUGGUCACACACCUACUGCCUUGUCUGGAUCAGUGGAAGAUGAAGGAAAACCAAGUGCAGAUGUACUUAUUGAAAAAAGACGUCGUCGACGAGAAUCACAUAAUGCAGUUGAACGACGUCGUCGAGAUCAUAUCAAUGAAAAGAUCCAUGAGCUUUCGAACCUUUUACCCGAAUUUGCCAGUGACAUUCAAAACAAACCCAACAAGGGAGUGAUUUUGCGUCGGUCGGUCGAUUAUAUCCGCCAUAUGCAAUUGUUUGCAGCCAAGCAAAUGGAACGUACAAUGGAACUGGAAGGAGUCUUGGCGAGAUUGAUAGUUGAUCGGGGGAUUCGUGAAGAAGAAUUGGGAUUAUCUGUACCUCUUGGCACAGCUAUUGAAUUGCCAACAAUUACUGGAGUGAAUCAGGAAGAAGAGGACAUGAUGUGA